AUGCUAAAUAUAGUUGCGAGUGCGUCCAUACAUGGGGUGGAAGGGGAAGCGCAUUCCUCCUAUGACACAUCAGCAAGUGCUUCCCAAGCGGCACCAGGCUGCUCAAUCUCUGCUUUGCACGCUUUUAAUCUCCCGGGGAAGUCGGUCAGUCAGCAGCAAAGGAGAACAGAGACGCAGGCCAGCGAGGCGAUGGCACAACCAGCCUACACCGUCCCGGCCUUUCGGGAGAGGUCCCAGGAUGACUCCACUCCAGAGUACCAGCGCGUGUCUGCAAACGUGGGGAAGGGUCUGCAUGUGAUCCAGCAGGAGCUGCACCGCAUGAGGAUGGCCACCAAGGCCCAGGUCGAGAACAUCGCCAUCCAGAGAGAGGUGAAGGAGAGGAUGUCUCGGAAGUCGGAGUUGUUGGAUGAUAUUGGGAAAAUGCCGGACUUCCUGGUGGCUCUGAGGCCUCACACGGUGUGGGAGAAAACUCCAGUGAAGCUUUUCUGCACCGUGCAGGGAAACCCCAGGCCCAUCGUCAAAUGGUAUAAGGGCGGCGUCCCGGUCGACCCUCUGAGCGCUCCUGGAAAGUACAAGAUUGAGAAUAAAUAUGGGGUCCACAGUUUGAUCAUCAGCAGGUGUGUAGUGAGUGAUACAGCAGAGUACAGCGCUGUGGCCACAAACCAACAUGGAACCACCAGCAGCAAAGCCACAGUCACAGUCAAGAGAGCGAGUGCGUCUGGAGAGCCCUGUCAUCUCGGCCUGGUGCCCCAUCUGAAGGACAUCCACCCCAGUAAGCUGGAGGUUUCUCUUCUGGACUGUUUCUCCGUGAGUUUCGGAGUAGAAGGCACAUCCAUCUCUUUGGCCUGUUCCAUGGUCGUGGUGCCGGACCUCCCCAACGUCCCCCCGCUGGUCCACUGGUACAGAGACGAUAAACAGCUGACGGCGGGUAAACUGGCCGAGAUGUCGGUGGGAGGAGGCGUGGCUCGUCUCACUCUCCCGUCUCUGGCCAAAGACGACGAGGGUCUCUACACCGUGAGGAUCUACGCCAAAGACGGCACCGUGGACCACAGCGCCUACCUCUUUGUCUCCGACGCCGCCCCCUCCUCCGCUGGGGCCCCCGGAGCCCCCAUGAGCGUGAAGGCCUACGACGUCAACGCAGACUUUGUGCUGGUCGCCUGGAAACCUCCCAACACCGUCAACGAGGCGGCCAUCACCGGAUACUUUGUGGACCGUUGUGAAUCUGGAAGCGACUCCUGGGUGCAGUGCAACGACUCCCCGGUGAAGGUUUGUAAAUACCCGGUGCAGGGCCUGAAGCUGGGCCACUCCUACCACUUCCGGGUGCGGGCCGUGAACAGCGCGGGCAUCAGCAGACCCUCGCGGAAGUCCGACAAGGUCACGGCCAUCGACGCCGCCGAGAACGAGAGGCUGCAAGGUACAGACGAAGGCGUCCCGUCUGCCCCGGGACAAGUCACUGCCACCAGAAACUCAAAGUCGUCUGUGUUCGUCCAGUGGGAUUCCCCCAAAAGCCUGAAGCACCUGAUGGGAUACUACAUCGACGCCAGAGUGGUCGGCUCCAAGGAGUGGUUCCCCUGCAACCACAAGCCCUUCAAACACAACCGCUUCGUGGUUCAUGGUCUGGUUCCUGGAGAGACGUACGUGUUCCGUGUUCAGGCCGUGAACGUUUUUGGUCUCAGCGAAGAGUCCCAGGAGUCCGGCCCCAUCACCGUGGAGCCCGCCCUCUCGACCCCUAGUGCCCCGUUCGGGAUCACCAUGUUGAGUUGCGACGGCGCGUCCAUGACUCUGGCCUGGAACAGUCCCAAACACUGCGGUGGAUCCAAGGUCAACGCUUACUACCUGGACAAGAGGAACGCAGACACUCUGGCCUGGAAGGAGGUCAACCUGCAGGCCGUCACCGAGAGACUGUGCAAGGUGGAGAACUUGACUGAAGGCACUUUUUACGAGUUUAAAAUCACCGCUGCGAACCUGGCCGGAGUGGGCGUCCCGUCUGCCCCCAGCGCCCCCCUGAAGUGUGAGGCCUGGACCAUGGAUACCCCCGGACCGGCCUACGACCUGGGCUUCAGCGAGGUGCGGGGCCACUCCCUGGUCCUGCUGUGGAAGGCCCCCGUUUACACCGGGGCCAGCGCAGUCUCCGGAUACAUCGUGGAAAUGGCCAAAAAGGGAUCCAAGGAUUUCAAGGCUCUGAGCGAGGAAGUAGUCAGCCACCGGUACUUCCAGGUGUCCGGCCUGACGGAGGGCGAGUCGUAUGUGUUUAAAGUCCGUGCCGUAAACGAGAGUGGGAUCGGGAAAGCUUCUCUGGUGUCCGAGCCGGUGUGUGCCAAGGCUCUGCCAGGCACUCAAGAGAUCGAGGCCGGAGUGGACGGGGAGACCGGAGACAUCUAUCUGUCUCUUGAAGCCUGUGAAAUCAGCGAAACGUCCAAGUUUGUCUGGUCCAAGAACUACAGCCCUGUGGGAGAGUGUCCCCGUGUGUCCAUGAGCUGCAAGGGAAGAACCUCUAGACUCACCUUCACAAACCCAGACAAAGACGACUUGGGCAGAUACUCUGUGGUCGUCACGGAUACGGACGGAGUCUCCGGCAGCCACACCCUCACCGAGGACGCCAUGAACACCAUGCUGGAGCUCAGUUAUGCCAUCAGACAUCCAGUGAUUCCUCUGAAGCACGGCCUGAACUACGAGAUCCUGGAGAAAGGACACGUUCGCUUCUGGCUGCAGGCCACGAAACUGUCCUCAGCCGUUUCCUACAGGUUCAUCGUCAACGACAAAGAAGUGACCAGCGGAGAGGGCCAUAAGAUCAGCCACGACGUCGCGACCGGAGUGAUCCAGAUGACUGUGGAGAACUUCACCAGAGCCAACGAGGGAACCUACACCGUCCAGAUCCACGACGGGAAAGCCAAGGCCCAGACGUCCCUGGUGCUGGUGGGAGACGUGUUCAAAGCUGCUCUGAAGGAAGCGGAGUUUCAGAGGAAGGAGCACAUCAGGAAGCAAGGUCCACACUUUUCUGAGUAUCUUUACUUCACUGUCAGCGAAGACUGCACUGUUCUACUGGCCUGCAAGGUCGCUAACGUGAAGAAGGAGACCUCGUUCCACUGGUACAAAGAGGACGAUGAGAUUGUUCCGGAGACUCCAGCCAACGUGGCGUCUGGGGCCUGUGCUCUGCCUGUUCCCAACUUCUCCAGGAAAGACCAGGGAGUGUACAAAGCAGUUCUGGGAGACGACAGAAGCAAAGACACGUCCGUGAUCGACAUCUCCGGACAAGUUUUCGACGACAUCAUCAAUGCCAUCGCUAAGGUCGCUGGUGCGUCCGCCUCUGACCUGGUGAUGCAGUGCACUCCUGAAGGCAUCCGGCUCCAGUGCUACAUGAAAUACUACACUGAAGAGAUGAAAACCGUCUGGAAACACAAGGACAGUAAGAUCGCGUCGUCGGAGAAGAUGAGGAUCGGGGGCACGGCGGAGAUGGCCUGGAUGCAGAUCUGUGACCCGUCCGACAAAGAGAAGGGACAGUACACCAUCGAGAUCUGCGACGGCGUCCACACACACGCUCGCAGCUUCGACCUCUCCGGACAAGCCUACACUGACGCCUACGAAGAGUACCUCAGGCUCAAGGCGGCUGCAUUCGCGGAGAAAAGUGAGUAUCUCUGUCUCCUACAUCACAUACUACCUCACACACUCACUACCACACACACUUGUUGUAAAAAAUCAAAAGAAAAGACGGGCUGA